AGAGGGUGAUCCUAAACCUUUUCCUGGUACUCGACGAAAAAUAUCCCAUUUUGUGACAAAUAGAAGACUACAACUCACAGUCCACAGACACAGACGUCAGAGCACAGCAACUCCCAAUAUUUCUCAUCUUCGAUUUUCUUCUUUUUUUACCAAAAAAUAUCUGAUCAUCUACAAAAACAGAGAACAUUCAGCAACUAGCAGACUAAAAUGAAUACCUACCCACCUCCUCAAGCUUACCCUCCUCCAGAUCAAGGUGGAUACCCGCCACCUGGAGGGUACCCUCAACAAGGGUACCCUCCUCAGCAAGGGUACCCUCCUCAACAAUAUGCCCCUCAGUAUGCUGCGCCUCCGCCACCUCAACAAGAGCAGAAGAAGGACGGUGGUUGCUUGCAAGGAUGUUUGGCUGCUCUUUGCUGUUGCUGCGUUUUGGAAGCCUGCUGUGAUAUCUUCUGAUUAUUAUAUAAAUUUUGGACCUUCCCGUGAAAAUGUUUAUUAUCAUUGUUGUCUCUUCUUUUCUUAAUUAUGUUUGUGUGUGGAUCCUCAGCUUCGUUCUCUAUUUGUGUUUUUACUAAACAACAGUACAAGUAUCCACAGUGGUGUGUGUUUUGCGAUUCGCAACUUCAAUCACAUACUCUUUCCAGAAGUAA